AAUAAUGAGUUAACCAUUAUUAAUGAUGACCAACUCAUUAUCUAAUAAGAAGAGGACACGUCAGUUAUCUCUCCUAUUAGUUCCAUAUUCUUGGUCCCGUAGCAAAGCUCCUCUUUAAAUACACAGAAGAAAGAAAUCCCUUCUCCCUCGUGAUACUUCGAUUGUUUUCCACCUUUUCGUCAAGUCUCGAGCUAGGGUUUCCGAUCUCAAAACUCCCAAAGGCAAAAAAUUAUACUUCAGAGUUAAGUAGCAACGAGCAAGGAUGAAUGAUCAAUCAAAUUUUCCAACACAGCUACCAAAAUAAAUAUCCAUAAAAUUCAUUCAUUAAAUAUGUAUAUUCAUAUUGUAUUCCUAUUUUCUAAUUAGAAAAUCUUCAUAUUCUAAUUAGAAAAUCUUCAUAUGUAUAUUCAUAAUUCAUUUGUGUAAUGUUAAUAAUUCAUUUGUGUUAAAAACUGAAAUUGAAAUUGAAAAAAUAUUUAUAUGUUAAGAAAUUGAAACUAAAAUUGAAAAAUAACAAAAUACCAAAUGAAGUGACUUGCUCAGUUGCUCAGCAGUAGCACAAAGCUGCAUGAACAAAAAAGGUAAUAGUCUUUAAAAAAAAUAAGUGAAGAGAGAGAGACUUAAGAGAUUGAGAGAGAGACUCAGUUUGACAAAGACGGAGAGAUUGAGAGAUGGAGAUAUUGAGAGAGAGAGAGAGAAAGAGAAUCGGAGAGAGACUCAGAGUUUGAGAGAGACGAAGAGAUCGAGAGACUCAGAGAGAGAGAGAGAGAAGACGAGAUCAACGAGUUAGAGAUCUGACCUAGCAGCGACGAGUGGAGCCAAGAUCAACGAGGACGAGCGACGGGAUCUGAGAGAAGACGAGAUCGAUGGACGAGGACGAGCAACAGGAUCUGAGAGAAGACGAGAUAGAUGGACGAGGACGAGCGACGAGAUCUGAGAGAAGAAGAGAUCGAUGGCGGCAUCGCGACUCAGGUUUUUCUUGAGACCGCGAAAGUUUGCUGAUAAUAAAAAGAUGGAGCCAAAUCCUGAUUUUCUUGAAUCUUCAGUUCUUUUAAAUGAAACCCAGUACAAUGAAGGCUAUAAUGAUGGUUAUAACAAUGGUUUGCUCUCAGGAGAGGAAGAGGGAAGAGAUGUGGGUCUAAAAGUAGGCUUCGAAAUAGGAGAAGAACUAGGAUUCUACCGUGGAUGUGUUGAUAUCUGGAAAUCAGUGGUUCGGGUUGACUCGGGAGCAUUCUCGUCAAGAAUCCAGAAGACCAUCGAGCAAUUGAGCGAACUGUUGAACAAGUAUCCACUUCUUGAACCAGAGAACGAGGGGAUUCAGGAGAUGAUGAAUGCCAUCAGGUUGAAAUUCAGACUUAUUUCGGCAAAUUUGGGAGUGAAGUUGGAGUAUGAAGGGUAUCCGAAAUCAUCCAAACAGGAGUUUGAAGAUAUCUAGUUUCUAAGAGUUGUACAUAAUGUGUUUUGGUCAUAUGUUUUGAAGAAUAGCCCAUCAGGAUGUGUACUUAUGGUUCCUUUUUUCACACUUCUUUUGUUAUGUUUUUCUCAAGAUAUUUGACUUUGUAGUCCUAAACUUUUGAGUUCAAAUUAAUGUUUGCAUUACUUUAUC